AUGGCCCUUAGUUCUGAGGAACUCACACAGCGCAUGAGAAAUCUUGUCUUUGAAGUCUGCAAGGAUUCUCUGUCAAUUCUUUUCAUCGCCGCACUCAUCUCGCUCACUGAGAAUAGUGGCCCGUUGCCUAGAUACUUGAUCUGUUUUUCUAAGCAGGACGGAGCUUUGUUGUCUCCUACAUUCUUUUCCCUAGGCAAGGACGAAAUGGCUAGAAUUCUUCAAGAGGCUGGCGGUGGUAUUCUUGCCGAGUAUGACAGACUUAGCGAUGGAGCAUUUGGCACAACAUACAGAGCGAACGCAUACGUGGGGGAUGAAAAUGAGAUGUAUAAACAUGCCGUUCAACUUAGGUACCACGCCGAUGUCAACAGCAUGUACUACCUUAUUGAUACAUUAGCAAAUGAACCCAGAACAUCUCACAGAACCUCAGAGUUCCAAAUGAGCACUCCUGCAAAUCGGUUCUGGGUGUUCAGGUUUCUCAAGGGAAAGCCGAGCAUUAUCAAACAAAUGGUUCGAGCGAUCGCUGCUCUCUGGGAGUUACCUGCCCCGGGUGCAGGGAAGCUGAUGGGAGAGGCGAUCGUCUCACAUCAUAAUGCAAUUUCAGUUGGCCCCGAGUGGCGAUAUGGUCUAGGCGGCCCAUUCCCUUCGGUAACAUCAUACCUCCAGACAUGGAUCAAGUACCGUGUCAAAAUGCUUCAAGAGCAGCAGGGUGUUGAUGAGUAUAAGGAGAUAUAUCUCAGCCGGGUACUUCAAUUUGUUGAAUCGUUGCUCAAUCAUAUCCAUGUGGAGGUCGGAACUGUCAAGCUUUCCUUGGUGCAUACUGACCUAGGUCUGUAUAACAUGAUAUUCUCUGACUCGACAAUAUCGAUCUUGAGGACCGUGAUCAAUUAG